UAAAACGCUUUCACUCAAUUAGUACCACGUAUAUUAUACACAACAACUUGAUCAGAACUUGUACUCUGAGUACUUAACAACUACAUAUAGAACGUACGUAGUAUACACCUUAAGUGGUGACAACUUUGGCAAAUCGAAGAAGAUGAAGCAAACAUGGACAUGGCAAACGUUGGAAGUCCCGACGUUGAUGCUUAUAAGCUUGGUUAUCCAAGCGCUGCUUGCAUUACUUGCACCCCUAAGAAAAAACAGCGCAAAUGGAUAUCUAUUGGCUUUCCUUUGGCUGCUUUACUUGUCUGCUGAUUCGGUCGCGCUCUUAGUCAUUGGUUUGAUCAGUCGUAGCCACCAAAGUGAUGAUAAUCCGAGUGCAGACAUCGUAGCAUUUUGGGCACCCUUUCUUCUGCUGCAUCUUGGCGGUCCAGACACAAUCACUGCUCUGGCUUUCGAAGACAACGAGCUAUGGCAUCGCCACGCACUUCAACUGAUCACCCAAACGAUGGUCACCCUUUACGUCUUUGUCUUGUCUAUGGUUAGAGGUAGACAUAACCGUCUAUGGCUUCCCAUGGCCUUGAUGUUCAUUGACGGGUUUAUCAAAUAUGUUGAGCGAACUUUUGCUUUAUAUUUUGCUAGUAGGGAAGGUAUUCGAGCCUCUCUUGGGGAAGAACCAAUAUCUUCCUUCAAUAGAUGGGCUGAUGAGUACUACUCUGCUGAAACUUCUAAUAUUCCGUCUAGAUUUGAGGUUGUAUACAUUCGUAGCAACGUUGAUGACACUAAUGAUGAUUCCGAUCUCAAUAAGGCCAAUGUUGAGGAGAAUGUCAAUCAUGCUUACACCCUUUAUAAUAGCUUUAGAGGCAUUCUAGCAGACGAUGUCUCGACCUUAACGGAUGAACACAUGCUUGUUGAGAUGCUCUUCCUCAAACAACAUGUACUUAAAGGUAUCGAGAUCAUACUAACUGAGCUCAAUUUGUUUUAUGAUGUCUUGCAUACGAAGGUGUUUUUGGCUAGCAAGAAACGAGGUUUUUUGCGCCUUGUUUGCUUCCUUUCAUUAAUUACGGCAUCCUUAUUGUUCUUUUUCGCUAUUCGUAGUAAUACAAAAUACUACUCCUUGGAUGUUGGGGUGUCCUUUACCCUGCUCGGGGGUGCCAUAGUUCUAGACAUAGUCUCCUUUCUUAGGUUCUUACAUUCCGAUUGGUUUGUUAUCACGGUGACCAAGGUGACGGCAGCCAAUCCAUCUAGACUACUACCAUUCCAAAAUGUUUUGUCAGUGUUGCUUAAAUGGUCAAUUCGGUGGAAAGACCCUUAUGCUAAAAGGUGGUGUCAAUCCACCUCAAGCUACAAUUUGUUGAAUUGCAGCUUCAAGCGGAAAGCAUUCAAUUUCCUUGAUUUUAUCUAUAUAAAGCGGAUCAAAGAUUGCUUGAUCGAUUGGCUAUAUGUGGAAAGAAAUCCAAUUAAGCUUUCUUAUCUUGAAUUCAUCUUCACAGAGCUACAACUGAAGGCCAAGCUAGUAAGAGGAGAUAAAGAGGGUAUGGAACAAGUAUCUUCAGCUAGAGGUAAUUUGGUAUUGGAAGAGGAUUUCUUCCUCGUUUCCGAGUACUUGCAACCUUGGACUAUAGAUGUUGAAGAUUACAGUGAAAGCGUGCUAACGUGGCACCUAGCUACUGAUAUCUGCUACUGGAUAGAGUCUAACACUACGUGUGAGCCACAUCGUGAAGUUAGCAAGCAACUCUCUGACUACGUGGUUUAUCUUAUACUAAGACGCCAGGACUUGGUGCCCCAGCUGGUGAGCAAAUCUGAUGUUCAUUUUAAAAGCACAGAAAAAGAUAUCAUUCUUGCAUAUGAUAAAGCAAGUAAAAAUACUAGAGAUCCAGUGAAAAGUUUUUGUGAAUAUGUGGUUUAUCAUAAAUUAGAUGAUAGAAUUGCAGCUCAAGUAUCCAAGUCCAACGACAGCCAAUCUGUGUUCGAUGAGGCAUGUUGCUUAGCUAAGCAACUGGUGAUGUUUGGAGACAAUAAAUGGGAGAUAAUAAGCAAAGUUUGGGUGGAAAUGUUGUGCUACGCUGCCAUACGAUCCUCGCCUAGAUACAACUUUGCCAAUUUGAGCAAAGGCGGAGAGCUCAUAACAUUGGUGUGGCUCUUCAUGAGUCAUCUUGGUUAUCGUCUUCCUCUUCCUGAAAAUCGAGGUCUACGCUCUGCUAAACUGAUUAUUGGCAAGUGAGAUUGGUGCUCCAGCCACAUAUAUUUGAAGCAAAUUCUAGUGUCCGUGUUAAUUGCGGCGGUUAUUAUCUAUUGCUAAAUAAAACUGUCAUCUCUA